CACGUGCAAGAUCAUGCGCUGUUGUCUAGCGGCAUGUGAAUAUGCGGCAUUGUUGUCGUUCUACUGCAAAGAAAUAAUGUAAACAAUGUGAUUUUACGUCUUUAUUAAGAAAUUAAUAGAGAUUUAUACAGCUUCGCUUUAGCUCGAAUGCACGUGUAUGCAUCUGGAAUAUUUUCUGUGCAUCCUUCUGUGGCAUAAACAUGCAUCAUCAGUACAUAUACGUUUUGCUUUUUUCCACCGUACAUGUACAUGUACUGGCGGCGGAAUCGCAUUUUGCCAAAGUCGACGGUGCACCGCCUUCAAAAAUAGCUGUUAUCGGUGCUGGAAUUGGAGGAACCGCCACAGCUCAUUUCCUGAGGCAACAUUUCGGACCGGAAGUGAGAAUUGAUGUCUUUGAGAAGAAUUCAGUUGGUGGUCGUCUGGCUACAGUCACUGUAAACCACCAGGAUUAUGAGUCCGGUGGAUCCAUCAUUCAUUCUCUCAAUUUGCACAUGCAGGACUUUGUCCAGCAACUGGGGCUGAAGUACCGCAAGAGCGUAGCUGGGAAAACGGCAGUGUUCAAUGGAGAAGAGUUUAUCCUGUCGGAAUCUGAUUGGUACCUGCUGGAUUUGUUUCGAUUGUGGUGGCGUUAUGGGAUCAGCUUCAUCCGCCUGCAGAUGUGGGUGGAGGAGAUCAUGGAGAAAUUUAUGAGGAUCUAUAAAUACCAGGCCCAUGGCUAUGCCUUCAGUUCAGUAGAAGAGUUGCUGCACUCUCUGGGAGGUUCAGGAUUUAUCAACAUGACCCGUCGCUCUCUUUCAGAGUCUCUGUUAGAAUUGGGUGUCUCCCAGCGCUUCAUUGAUGAGGUCAUAGCCCCAAUAAUGAGAGUCAACUAUGGCCAGAACAUCAGCAUCCCAGCGUUUGUGGGUGCUGUGUCUCUGGCUGGUGCUCAGACUAAUCUGUGGGCUGUAGAGGGAGGAAACAAGCUGGUUUGCUCUGGGCUCCUGAAACUAGCAAAGGCUAAUCUCAUCCAGAGUCAGGUUACAACCAUUCAACUCCAAUCAAAAGGAGAUUACCACCAAUAUGAGCUCACCUACAGCUCUCAAAACGAAAAGACAAUGGAGGUUUAUGACAUUGUAGUAGUAGCAACACCUCUCCAGCAAAAUGUCGAAUCCGGCAUCUCAUUCCAGGGCUUUGAGACCGAGCUGCCAGAAAUGCCAGGCUCCUAUCACAAAACUGUGGCCUCAGUCGUCCAUGGCUACCUGAAUUGUUCCUUCUUUGGCUUCCCUGACCCUAAGCUUUUCCCGUUUUCCAGCGUACUCACCAGAGACACCCAUGGAGUGUUCUUCAACAGCGCGGCUAGCAUCUGUCCCGUCAACAUAACCUCAGGAUUCCGGCGCAAACAGCCCCAGGAGGCUGGAGUUUACAAGGUCUUUUCUCCAAAACCUUUGGAGAAGAAUGAACUGAAGACACUUUUUAAGUCUUACUAUUCAGUACAGGUCACUGAAUGGCUGGCGUACCCUCAGUAUGGAAGCACCCAGGGGUUGCCACCAGUGGUACUGCAUGAUGGCUUGUAUUACCUUAAUGGCAUUGAAUGGGCUGCGAGUGCAAUGGAGAUGAGCUCUGUGGCAGCUAAAAACAUAGCACUGUUGGCUUAUCACCGCUGGAACAGACAAGUUGAAAUGAUUGACCAGAAAGACCUGAUGCACAAGGUCAAGACAGAACUCUGACACGUUCUUCAAUGUCAUGAGGACAGUAUUGACAAAUCUAGACAAAGUAAGCAAUGGCAUGUCUUAUAGCCAUCUGCAGUUUUUUAACACUACGUAACUACUUAGUACUUACACUGGUUUAUGUUUUACACUGUCCAUCGGUUUAAGUAGUGAAGGAGAGCAGACUAAAAUGUGAGAGCCAAAUGCAAGAUGUUGGGACUGUUGAAGUCUUAAGUGGGGAAAGUGAUCACCAAGGCCAAAUGUUUGAAACAUGAUCAGGAUGUUGUAAUGCGUGUCAUGUGUUCUCCGUGACUGACUGACGUGAAGAGAUGAAAAUUCUGUCAUCAUUUCCUCACCAUCAAGUUGUCCAAAUCUGUAUAAAUGUCUUUUGUUCUGCUAAAUACAAAUGAAGAUAUUUAGCAAAAUGUUAAUAACCAAACAGAUCUGGGGCACCAUUCACUUCCAUGGUAUUCUUUUUUCCUAAUAUGGAAGUCAAUGGUGCCCCAGAUGUGUUUGGUUAUUAAAGGUGCCAUUAAAUGGAAAACUGUAUUUAUCUUGGCAUAGAUGAAUAAUAAGGUAAUGACAUAUCGAGAGCCUCAAACACGAUUGUUUCUUCCUAAUGUAAACCUUGUGCAUGCAAAAGACAGCUGGAAAACAGACCUAUCUCAACAUAAAACCAACUGUGAUGUUAAAGUCGAAAUGUACGCCUCAACAUUAAAUUAUUUUAAAAUAAUUACAAUGUUGUCACAAAGCUGAAAACAAAGUUGUGACUGUUGAGUUAGCACCUAUAUGCUAGUUAAUGCUAUAUGCUAACAUUUAGGCUUAAGUUCUGCUAUUGACUUUACAGUUACUUUUGCAGGUCCAUACUGGAAAAAAAAACACAAAUUUAUCUUCAAACAAUUCAUUAUUUAUCAAAUUCUGUAUCUUCAUCUGAUCCAGGCUCAAACAUAAGGUCUGUUUGCUUCUGAGGGAGCUGCUCUGUGAAACAGCCAAUCAGAGCAGAGCUCAAUAUUAUUAUUAAUGAUAAAGAAAAUAAUAAACCAAUUCCAUUCUAAAGGCAAAUUCUAGGUUUGUAAAUUAAUUUAAAAACCGCCUCUGGAUGUAUGCACUUAAUAAAGCCACAUACUAUUUAUGUAAAUAUCAGAGAACAAUUUAACAUAUUAUUACAAUGCAUUCUUUGGCACAUUUUAUAAAAUACCUUUAUGUGUAGGCUAUACAGCAGAACAAAGAAAUGUAUACAAAUGUGAAACAACUUAAGGGUGAGUAAAUAAGUAGUCUAGUCAGGCUCGCUAAAGAACAGAUUGGAUGGUGAAGUGAACACCCUUGUGGAGAGAUGUGAAAGUAAUUAAUUUGUUGUUUUUUUCAUGAACGUGCAACACUUUGCAUAAUAUGGGUUUUAAAAUUAGAAAAAAGAAAGUAAACUGCAGAUGAAUGAGACUUUAUUGUGAAGUGUUAAUAAAAGCUUAUAAAAUAAAUUCGUGAGAAUGUAUUUUUGUUAGUACAUGUUCAUCAUGUGUCAAAAUAAGCGUGUCUUUGAGAUUAAUGUAAGUUAAA